GACACGACCGUUGGCGCCAUGACGGCCGGCUGCCGGGAGCUGCGCGCUCUGCUGGGGCUGCCCCCACCGGACGGACGGCGCGGAGACGCCCUCGCCGAGGACGGGCUGUCGCCCCGGCAGCGGGAAGGCCUUCGCGAGGACACUGCAGUCGGGGACGAGCAGCCGGAGGGGAGACAGGCGCGCGAGGAGGCGGCCGACGGCGAUGGUGGCACACUGCGGGAGGUGGAGACCCGGCCGCAGGACGGCGGGACGGCCGGCGUGGCAAGUCGCUCCAAACAGCCGGACGCAAAAGACGAGGCGGACGGGCGCCGCCGCGAGCCCGCCUACGACUGGGCGGUGCCGCCGGCCGAGAAGACGGUGCCGUACCACGUGGCGCCCGGCUCGCCGCUGUACCGCACCUCGCACCUGGUGCUGUUCGAGCAGGCGCCGGCCAUGCAGUACGAUAUGGAGCACGUCAAGAGUCUGCCGCUCGCCUGGCUCUGGCUGUCACUCGAGACGCACGCGCUGGCCGACCCGCUCCGCUGA